GCAGCCAUGCAUGGAGACACAAGCUUUUUUAAAUGUCUCCAACUUAUUGCGGUCUUGUGGAUGGGGGUCCAGGCUGUCUCGCCUGUACCCUCAGUGCCUGACCGUGUACAGGGUGUGGUUGGCUCCUGCAUGGUGAUUCCUUGCUCCUUCACACCUGGAGACCCUCAUCCCAUCCGGGGACGGAAGGAGAGGGUGGAUGUGCGGCUCAGGUUCAGAGGUGGUGGGCCUUUUUUCCCUCUCAGGAGCACUGCUUUUAACAGUGAGAGCAAAGACCAAGUGAGCAGGGAUUUCCUCGGCCGGACUUUGCUCUACGGCCAAGUGUCCGAUGGAGACUGCUCAGUAAAGAUAGAACAACUUAGAGCGGAUGAUCCAAAGGUGUUUGAACUGGCUCUCAAGAAAGGCAGUGAUUUACUCUGGGGUGUGUCAAGGAGUGUAAAUGUAGACAUAAUCGACAACCCUGAGCCUCCUGUCAUCAGCGGCAUUUUGUCAGCCAAAGAAGGACAAUUGGUCUCUCUGAACUGCUCCGUCAACUACCACUGUCCCUCCAGACCUCCGACCCUGCAGUGGAAGUGGGACCAAGGAGCCGAACUCAACAGCAGCGAGUUAGGAGAGCUACAAACACUCCACUCUGGUCCCCGCAAGUGGAUGCUGCUGGCUUCUUUGUCUUUCAUCGCAUCCCAUCAGGUGAAGCCCCGGCUCUGGUGUGCGGUUAAAUAUCCAGAAACCAAAAUGUUAGCCACGGUGAACGACCUUCAUGUGACAUUUCCACCAGAAGAUGUGAAGGUGGAGGUUCAGACACUGAUCGUUCAGGAGGGGGGCAACGCCUUGCUUGUUUGCUCAUGCAAAGCUGACCCUCCGGUGACAGAGUAUCUCUGGUCCUACACUCAACACGGCCACACUGUGCACCUCCACCACCGAUCGCACAGUCUGCGAGUGUUCAACGUGACCAAAGACAUGAGAGUCCGCUGCUCAGCCAAGAACACCAUUGGGCGAGGAGAAUCCCAGCCCACUUCACUUAAUAUACAAUAUAAGCCUUCCAUCUCACUUCCCUCUUCCACCUGUGUUGUGGAGGAUUCUGAGGUGCGCUGUCGCUGUUCAGUCGACUCCAACCCCAAGGCAGCUGUUACCUGGAGCGUCAAUGGGACUGUUCCACCUUAUGAUUACAACGUGUCUGUAACAUCAGAGCCCGACAUGCUCACAGUGUUUCUGAGGGGAUACAUGGACAAACCAUUGAGUGUAAUCUGUUUUGCAUUCAACGCACUUGGAAAUGACUCCCUGGUUUUGCUGCAGGGGGAGGAAGAUCCUGGAACUGCAUAUGUGGUGUGGAUCAUUUUACCUGCUGUGGUCAUCUCACUGUGUGUAUGCCUUCUGUCCCUGCUUGUCUGCUUCUACCGAAGGAGAGCUAAAAGACACAUCAUGAUCAGACAUCAAGCUGUCUUCCCUGAAGGACUGGGAAUUUAUCAAAGCAGGAUGCCUCUCUACAUUAACUGCUCUGAAGUGACAAAUGUUUACACCAAUGGAAGCUACCAGCUUGUGUACCAGAACUCCACACCUGUUUUUGUCCAUACAAAGCAGGUCCGUCCAAUGGGCCGAAGAGGUGGGGAGAGGAGAAGAGGAAGAGAUGUUGCUAGAAGAGAUAGAGGAGCCGGUGUGGGACUCAGGACUACAUCAGAGGUCCAAAGUGCUUCUCCAGAUGAUCCAGACACAGCCAUCUAUGUAGAGAUUCUAUGAAUUUUAAAACACACACAAAAAAAUGACUGGAAAUAGAUUUUCUAAUGUGUGGGACAAUUGUGCCAGCGUUACUUCCUAUCUGCAAUGUAUAUAGUGUUCAAUACUGUGACGUAUGGGUUUUCUGAAUUUUUUUCAAGGAAGAGUUAUUUUCCUGCUAAAGUUUUAUUUUCUUAAGUCUGCAAUCUAAGAAUAUGAUAUUCUUUACUUACACUAUACUUUAAAUAUUCUUGUGAAUGUUUUUGUUUUUUAAACAUCGAUCAAUGUUUGAAUUCUAA